UUCAUAUGCGUAUUAAGAUAAUUUAACUUUUUAUAUUGUCCUGUUAGUAUAUAUAGAUCUUUAAAAAAUAUACAGUAGAGCUUGUUCACUGAGCCGUUAGUAUGGCAGAACCUGAACAAGAGGCGAUGAAACAGCUUUUGAAAAACUUUUUUGGUGGGGCUUUUAAAGACCUCGCCCAAUUUGUUACGGAUCCGCCUGAUGCACAACCGUUGGUCGACUAUUUUGUGAAUGAUGGUUUUAUGCAACCAAAGUUAACUGAAUGGAAAGGCUACAAAAUGUACGGACAAGGUUUUAAUGCAGACACGAUCAAGUGGGUAUGUGAAAACUGGACACCGUGGAAAGAUGACGUCAUCGUUGCAUCAUUUAUGAAAACUGGUACAACAUGGGCAAAGAACAUCGUACGUCAGCUCUACUUCAGACACGAUGAAAAACUAAUGGCAAUGACAAGAAAUAUGGCAAUGCCAACUAUUUACCUUGAAACAGGCCUCCCUGAAAAAUUUGAACUACUGGAGAAACUGCCGUGGAAGAAACGUGUACUAGUAACCCAUGUUUCUACCCCUCUUCUUAACUUAGAAAAGAUCAAAUCUGCAGGAGCCAAGAUAAUAUGCACAUUGCGCAACCCAAAAGACCAGAUGGUAUCCUGGUACCACAUGACACUCAACUUGCCAGUGAACCCGAAAGCAACAAAGUAUUUUGAUAUGUAUCCGAAGGACUGGAACCAGUUUUUCGAUUUGUGUUUUGCAGGUAAACAACUGCAGUGCAACAAGGAAGGGGAAUGGUACAUAGAGCAUUUAUUGUCAUGGUAUCCACAUAGAAACGACUCAAACGUUCUAUUUGUGUUUUAUGAAGACCUGAUACAGGAUCAAGAAAAGGAAAUCAAGAGAAUAGCUGACUUUCUUGAGGUUGCUGUUUCUGAUCAAGAUAUUUCGAACAUUGCAGAAGAAACUUCGUUUGGGACGUUGAAAGCAAAUAGCAAUACCACAGAAAAGUUAGUUAACUUCUACCGAAAAGGAAAGGUCGGAGAUUGGAAGAAUUACUUUACUGUUGCACAGUCGGAGAAAAUGGAUGCUAUGGUUAAAGAAAAGCUGACUGGCACUGAUAUUAAAUUUAUUUAUGAACUGUAGAUAUAUGGUAUUGCGGGUAAAAUGGGAUGCAACUGUGGGGUUGGCAGUCACGCUUUUAUCUAAUACUUUUAUUCAAGUAUGUUUUUUUACAAAGCAAUAUACAUUUUUUACGGCA